CCUAAUUAUAGAUCUUACUUUCGGUUUUUGUUGGUUUCAUUUAUGUUGCCUGUGAUACUUGAGCUUUGAAAAGUUAACGAUGCCAGCACCUCAAUCAGAUCGAAAUCCAGAAAUAAAAUUUAAACAGAUAUUUAUAAACAAUGAAUGGUGUGACUCAGUCAGUGGAAAGACAUUUUCAACAGUUAACCCAUGUACCGGAGAAAAUAUUUGUGAUGUCCAAGAGGGUGACAAGGCAGAUAUUGACAAGGCUGUAGCUGCAGCUAGGAAGGCCUUCAAACUAGGAUCAGAAUGGAGGAGGAUGGAUGCCUCAAAAAGAGGCAAACUCAUGCAUAAACUUGCAGAUUUAUUGGAGAGGGAUAUAUCUUAUCUUGCAAGUCUAGAAACCCUUGAUAAUGGAAAACCAUUUCAAGACUCUGUAGAAGACAUCCAUUGUACAGCAGACUGUAUCAGAUACUAUGCAGGAUGGAGUGAUAAAAACAUGGGGAAAACCAUACCAUCAGAUGGUGACUUGCUUUCAUUUACUAAACAUCAGCCCAUAGGAGUAUGUGGACAAAUCAUACCAUGGAACUACCCACUGAUGAUGAUAGGCUGGAAGUUUGGACCUGCUUUAGCUUGUGGUAAUACUAUAGUCCUAAAGCCUGCAGAACAAACACCACUGACAGCCUUAUAUUGUGCAUCACUUGUUAAAGAGGCUGGAUUCCCUCCUGGUGUAGUUAAUGUUGUCCCUGGUUAUGGACCUACAGCAGGAGCAGCCAUUGCUGAACAUAUGGAUGUGGACAAAGUAGCCUUCACAGGAUCAACAGAGGUUGGUAAAUUGAUCAUGCAGGCAGCUGGAAAGAGCAAUUUGAAGAGAGUUUCACUAGAACUUGGAGGCAAAAGUCCACUGAUUAUAUUUGGAGAUGCUGAUUUGGAUACAGCAGCUUAUUGGGCACAUGCUGCCAUCAUGAACAAUCAUGGACAGAACUGUUGUGCAGGGUCAAGGACAUUUGUGCAGGACACAGUUUAUGAUGAGUUUGUUAAGAAAUGUGUAAUGUUUGCAGAAAAUCGGUGUGUAGGAGAUCCAUUUGAUGACAUGACUCAGCAAGGACCACAGGUGGAUGAAACACAGAUGAACAGGAUCCUGAGUUACAUAGAAAGUGGAAAGACAGAAGGAGCCAAAUUAGAGUUUGGAGGUUCCAGACAGGGAGAUAAAGGAUAUUUUGUCCAGCCGACUGUAUUUUCUAAUGUCACAGAUGAGAUGAAAAUUGCUAAAGAAGAGAUAUUUGGUCCUGUUCAGACGCUUAUUAAAUUUAGCACAAUGGAUGAAGUAUUAGAGAGAGCUAACAACACAACCUAUGGACUUGCUGCUGGUGUUAUUACAAAAGAUAUCAACACAGCUCUGAUGGCUGCUCAAGGUCUUGAAGCUGGCAGUGUAUGGGUAAAUUGUUAUGACCAGGUCGUACCACAAGCACCAUUUGGAGGAUUUAAACAGUCUGGACAGGGCAGAGAGUUAGGUGAAUAUGCUUUAAAAGAAUACACAGAAGUAAAGACGGUAACCAUUAUGAUUCCAGAAAAGAACUCAUAAAAACCAGCAGUUUGAAAAAAAACAUUAUAUUCCUACUCAAGUUUAACUUUUUUGUUAAAAGGAUUGUACAUUGUAUGUUUGAACAGUAUUUUGUUCAUGCAUUGCACAAACAAUUUAAUUGCAUUCAACUAAUGUUGAUAUUAUAGUGUAGUUCAUUAUUCAAAUUUAUUUUAUGAUUUCAUUCAAUCAUAUCUAGAAUUGAUUUCUUCAAACUGAUGAACAUUGGUACAUUUUUCAACAGCAUAAUAAAAUCUUAUCAGAUCUCAUAAAUUACUCAUUACCAAAUUUGUACUUUAUUUUGUUGGACAAUUAUGAUAGUAUCCAUAAUAUAACCACAAUGUUCACUAUUAACUUUGAAUAUUUUUAAUUCAGGUUAUUGGAACAAGAAACUGAAGUAUUGCUUAAAAGUUUUAAAAAAUUGACAAAACGAAGAUUGUUUUAUAUUUAGUAUUCAUCUUCCAUGUGUUGCCAGUUUUAAAAGUGAUUAUGGACCUUUUAUGUAUAUAAUUUCGCUGCAUUUUAUUUUUCAAACAAUUUAUUGGUGACAGUGUUGCAUGCAAUUGAUGAAAAUCCUAAAAUCUUGGGCAUUUUUAGUAAAAUUAGUUUGUAUUUGUUUAUUAUUUCUAAAGUAUAUGAUUUGUCAGACCUUGCCUGUUUCUAAAGCUCCAUAGAGCUUGUGUUGUAAUUAAAUUGACAAUAUUUAUUGUUAUGAUUUCCAAGAAAUCCAAUUCCCCAAAACCUUCAUACAAUGUUAUCUAUUGCACAAAACAUAUAAACAGGAAAUACUGGUAAGCAGAAUUACUAGAAAAAAAUAUAUUUUUAUAAAUUGAAUGACAAUGUCAAAUAUGUUUUUUUUAUUUGUUUUAUUGUGUAUCAUAAUAUUUAUGUUGCUUUUAAGUUUUGACUGCAUUAAAUUUGUGUUGAAAUUAAACAAAAUUGAAUCAA